AUGGUCGCCUUGGCACCGGGUGCGGAAAUGGUUCCCACUACAUACCACCCUAAGCUCGCUGAGAAUGGAAUCCCAUUCUUCGGCAAUGGAAUGUCCAAUCAGAAAGUCAAGAUGCAGACUGUAGAGAUGACGCCUCAAUAUGACAGUGCCGAUCCGGUGACCAUUGCCUCAAACGGCAAUGGUACUCAACAAAAUGUCAAUGGAUUCACCUCUGAAAUCUCGAAUACUUUAUCGGAAAAUAAAUCGAUAGCUAUGGAGGUAUUGAAGAUCAUCGAAAGCUAUGGUGUCGACUUUGAGAAGGCCGGUAUCUCCUGGAAGGGCUUUGAGUCGUUUGUUCCAAUUGUCCUGGAGCAAAUCGCCAGACAAGAGCCCAUCCGCAUGAUAUUGCCCGCAUUUCCUUUCAAGUCGCCUAAUGCACGCAGUAAGGUGCUGGGUACUAUGCCCGACUUUGGGGAAGAAUUGGCAUUGGCCCAUUUGAAUGGACUUUGCCAAAAUAUCGGUGCAGUAUACGCCCCUGGUGCCGAUAUCUACAUCAGUUCGGAUGGGCUGGUAUACAAUGAUCUCCUGAGCGUCCCCGAUGAAACCGUUUGGGAUUAUGGGGAGGCCCUGCGAAAAAUGGCCGUCGAAAAAGAGCUCCAUCAUGUCAAAUUUAUUCGCCUUUUCGAACUUCUCGAGCAUCCAUGGUUCCCAUCCUCAACUCCGGAGUCCGCAAAGGCAUUCUAUUUGGCCCACGCUAGUUGUCUCCGCCGAGAACUGAUGUACACCUUUGCUGACCCGAGCUUCGAUGCGACGGAGGCGAUCAAAACCGACAAUGAUACAUGCCUAACAUACCGGGGCUACAUUAAAUUUCUAACCAAAGAUCUGGCUCAUCUAGAGGAGAAGGAUAAAUCUAUGUCAAAACGCGCUCGGCAAGCGCAUAUUGCCGAGACCGCACGGCAGAUGAUCAUUCGGGGCAAGAUGUUCGCGGCGGCCAUCAAAGCCAACCGCAAAGAUUACGUACGACUGUCUAUCCACGAGUCUGCAGGCGAGAAAAAGCUUUCUAUCUCGCUUGUUCCACAGAUGCGAGGAACACUGGGUCAUACGCCUUGGCACUCUGUUGUGGCUGUCGGACUGGAUGGUUUAUACUGCAUGGUUCACGCUGAAGAUGUACGCGACACGCACGACCUUAUCUAUAAAAACGGACAACCAUAUUUCUUCCGUGAAAGGUCGAGUCUCUUUGACUGGACCGAGGACGGCUUAUCUGUCAAGUUCGAGCAUCUCUAUCCCUGCGGACUCAUCAUCCGCCCCGCCGAUAUCGACAAUGUCAAUCCUCCACCGUCAAUCCGCUCCAUCCCCAUGAGAAAGGUCCGCCAGCUGUCGAAUGGCAUGUCCCCGAUUGUCCUACGUGGAUUUUCCGAGACUCUAGAAGAAGAUCUCUACGUCCAAAAGGGAGAAGAGCUGGGUACUAUUCUCCCGUGGAGCUUUGGCAUAAUCCAAAAAGUACGGGACAACGGCCGCUCUGACAAAAUGGGCAACAAUGUGACCUCGAACGAGGCUAUGCCAAUGCAUUUUGAUGGGAUGUUCAAGUUCGACGAGAUUACCGACCCAGAAACAGGCGAGAUGAAGAAAGUCCAACACCCACCGGGCUAUCAGUUCUUCACUUGUCCUGCUACUGCGCCAAAGGGCAAUGGGUAUACCUUGUUUGCGAGCUCCCGGUUGUUUUUCCGGUACCUACCUCUCCCAUGGUCUGCCGAACGUCUCGAAACAAUUACCUGGGCUAUGGACAACGAUGGGUUCUGGAAUGCAAAACUCAAGAAUUUGCCGUUGAUCGUCAAGCACCCUAUCUCUGGUCUUCCGUGUCUGCGUUGGCAUCAGCCAUGGGACUCAACCAAGACCAAAUUCUCGACCUGUGAGGUUUCAAUUGAGAAUGACGAUAAUGAUCUAGCUCAGGUUGUGGAUCGCAUCACAUAUGACUAUAGAGUUUGUCUUCGCUUUGGUUGGGAGAAGGGUGAUCUGCUGAUUAGUGAUAAUACUGCCAUGCUGCAUACUCGCACUGGAUAUAUCAGUAACUGUGAUCGGGAGCUGUGGCGAAUUCACUGUGACUGA